AUGGUAACCACAAUUUGUCAACAAAGAAAGCCAAUCGUUAGCCAAAACAAACGACUUCAUGAUUCCCCUGGGUUUGGAUUAAGGAUAUUUCGGUCAUUCGGGGGAAUGCUUAUUUGGAGUGAAUCGUGUCUUGCUUUUUGUCUCUUUCUGGACAAGGCCAGUAGCCCCAUGGAAAGAGGAAACCAAACAGGAGCUGGACACUUUCUCCUCCUGGGAUUCACAGAGAAGCCUUUCUUCUUUGGGCUAUUUCUGUCCAUGUACCUGGUCACGUUCACUGGGAACCUGCUCCUCAUCCUGGCCGUCAGCUCUGACUCCCGCCUCCACACCCCCAUGUACUUCUUCCUGGCCAACCUGUCCUUCGUAGACAUCUGCUUCACCUCCACCACCGUCCCGAAGAUGCUCUGGAACACCCAGACGCAGAGAAAACUUAUCACCUGUGCAGGCUGCCUCAGCCAGAUAUUUUUUUUCAUCGUGUUUGGAUGCCUGGACAAUUUACUCCUGACCGUGAUGGCCUAUGACCGCUUUGUGGCCAUCUGUCACCCCCUGCACUACAUGGUCAUCAUGAACCCCCAGCUCUGUAGGCUGCUGGCCGUGGGGUCCUGGUGCAUCAGUGUCAUGGGCUCCCUGCUCGAGACUUUGACCCUUUUGAGGCUGUCCUUCUGCACAAACAUGGAAAUCCCACACUUUUUUUGUGAUCUUCCUGAAGUCCUGAAGCUUGCCUGUUCUGACACCUUCGUCAAUACCAUGGUGGUGUAUUUUGUGACUAUUGUCCUAGGUGUUUUUCCUCUCUCUGGGAUCCUCUUUUCUUAUUCUCAGAUUUUCUCCUCCAUCCUGAAAAUUUCAUCAGCCAGGGGCAAGUACAAAGCCUUUUCCACGUGUGGGUCUCACCUCUCGGUGGUCUCCUUGUUCUAUGGCACUGGCCUCGGGGUCUACCUCAGUUCUGCAGCGACUUCAUCCUCUAGGACAAGUCUGGUGGCCUCGGUGAUGUACACGAUUGUCACACCCAUGCUGAAUCCCUUCAUCUACAGUCUGAGGAACAGGGACAUGAAGGGGGCCCUGGGGAGACUCCUCAGCAGGGCAGUGCCUCUCAGUGUUGGGGGACCAUUACAGGAUUCUCAUGAGUAA